AAGAAAUGGAACAAUCGAACCCACAAUGCACCCGUGCAAAAUGGCGGACUUUUGAAAGUUUUUCGCGACGUUUCUCGAUAUUAUCUCAUUCCAUAAACUAUUCCAGCCACUCAACUCGAUACCAUUAACACUAAGUUUGACGGAGAUAUCCAUGGCGUCGUUACGAGAACGUGCCAUCAGUCAGAACACGCUGGUGUGCCUGCUCCAGGCGAUACAAGGCCACGAGACCACGGUGGAACUGCGAGACGAAGCUUCCGUGUUCGGGCUGAUCGUGAACGUGGAUGCCUUUAUGAACACCACCAUGAAAUACUGUACCUACACGGACCACAGGGGGAAAACAAUGCAGUUUGAUGACUUUUAUGUGCAGGGAAGGAACAUAAGGUUUGUGCAGAUCCCUGAUGCAGUAAACAUGAUGGAAGCUAUAGAGUACCAGCUGGGCUCCAUCGAGCGCCGCCGGACCCAACACAGUCAGGAGAGAAAGAAGAUGAUGGCACUCAGGGAGGAGAGGAGGAGAAAGAGGGAAGCAAAGUCCAAGAAGACGUGAUGACGCCUUCUCCUAGGAUCAUGUUAUCUAUGUCUGUGUGUGCCAAAACUUAAGGAUUAUGUGAUGGUCACAUUUCUUGGUCAAGCUAUUUGUGAAAAAAAUGUACACAAAAAUUGCUCAUGACUGUCCUUCUUUUUAAUGGUUAUGUUGUUUUGUCUCGUCUUCUAUAUCAUACUUUUUUUAUUUUCUUCUAACUGCCCUCUCGGCCAGAUGCUGGUUUGGAAAUGUGACUGUGACAUGCAGUGCUUAGUGACAUCAAGAAAGACAAUGCAAGGUUUGAAUAUUAUGGUAACUUUGUAGACUUGUAUGUACAUACAGUACUGUGCAAAAAAUAUACUGUUUGACACAGUAAUGUGGCAAAUGGAUGAUGUGUUGUUGCACCCAUUUCCAAAAUCAAAGCCAGAUGCUUCAGUAUCCGCUUUUGGGCAUUGUCUACACUAUUAAGUAUUAUUCUGUUUUUUUUUUCUGUACACAUUCCUAUAUUUCCUACAUCAUUCAUGACUGCAUCAGACUUGUGUAUGUGCCAAUGGCAAUGUGAAACAUAGAAUGAAAUUGUUGAAACAAGAUUGUUGCAAUUUUGUCAAAUGUGAUCUAUAAAUACCCAUUGUGAAUGAUCUCUUCCUAUCACACAAAGGCUAUUCUCCAAGGAGAGGUUUGUUGCACAUAAGUGGUAAACCACCUUUAGAUUUUACACUCCAGUUUUGUACAGUAAUCACAUGGAGGUUAGAAUAUAACUUUUCAACCUCCUUGAUUAUCACAAGCUGCCAUAGACUCGACUGCAAGAUUUGAUCCAUUCACCCUCAGGUUGACCGCUACUCGUUUCGAUAAGUGUACUUGGUUCUUUGAAAUGCUAGAUCACCUUUGGUCUCCAACAUUUUGCGCUGGGCAUUAAGUGUAAAAACCAAUGCUUGAUUUACCUGACUCGAGUUAAGUAGAUAUGGUGUCACGUGUCUGUUGUAAGGGCACAGCAUUGAACUCAGAACCUUUAGAUUCUAAGUCAAGAACACAACCUAUGCAGGACUGCCUUAGGCCUAAGAAAAAAACGUGUUUCCUGUUUCCCAACCUACCCUAGACAUCUGUGGGGGGGUGGACAUAGUUUCCAGUUUGGAUUUAUUCAGCCUGCUUCCUAUUCAUGUAAAAAAACUGACAUCUAUCUAAUGAAAGACGUAACCACAGAUUUGUUACCAUUAUGCAAAAAAUUGAAGUUUGACAUUAAAAAUAUAAGUGUCCUCAUGCAUUUCGGUAUCCAUUUCAGUUUUACUUUGUUGAUCUGUAUUGUACAACUAAAUUUUUGGUGAAAAGCAAUUUUAAGAAAAAAUUGGGUAAUCCCU